AUGGAUCCGAUUGAUAACGAAAUGUUGUCCUCGGGUUCAAGUCAUACUAGUGGUGUGAGCCACGAUGGUUAUGCCAUCGAGUCGAUCGAGAGGUCAAAAUACAAAUGUAAGUAUUGUCCAAAGAAGUUCUCCACAGGACGAGCAUUGGCUGGUCACCAAAAUGCUCACACAAGGGAGAAAGAUCUCAUGACAAGACAAAGAGACCUCAUGGUGAGGCAUCUAAACAUGUCCGCUCCGGUUCAGCAUCCUUUUGGACAAAGUCCUAACCAGUACUCAGUCCCACCAGGUUUUGAACAACCUCUUUACAGAGUUACUGACAUGGUUAAUCAUUCUGACAUCUUCGAACAGUGUAUCAGAGCACAGAGAUACAGAUCUAAUUUUGCAGGGUUACAGACUGAUCCAAGCCUUGGAAUAAUGGGCCAGAGUUGGGUCCCCACCGAGCCUCCAUCCCAACCCGCAAUGGCUCAACCACAAGCACAACCACAAUCAUCAUUGGUGAGUUUGGACCUUCGUCUUGGUAUUGGAAGUAGCGCCCAAACCCAAGCAGGGCCUAAGAAACCAACCCGCGCAACAAAAGUAGCUAAUGGAAAAGAAGCUGAUGAUCCCCUCUCUCUUAGACUUUGA